GACAAAUGCUGCAGCGGGGGCUCCGCAUCCUCCCACGCAGGACGUCCGUCGCCACGACGACGCAACAUAAACUGCAGGGCAGCGACGCGAGUCGACGCGUCUCGUCCGUCGAGGCGGCCCCCGACUCGGUCGAGGCGACGCCUGCCUCGACUGAGACGACCCCCACUCUGAUCAACACAUCAAGGUCACUCACCGGCGUCACGGCAGAUUCGCUACCCGCCUCCACGCCGCGCCGGAGGCGCCAUCCAGCCACCAAACCACGAUUAGACUCGGAAGUGCCGGCGACUACGACUGCGCCUCCUAGUGGCAAGGCAUCGUCGCGCUCUGCCGCGAGGAAAAAGCGCGCGACGGCGCGCGCCAACAAUCGGCGGACGAGCGAACCGGACGCUGUUUCCGCGAUGAUGGCAGACGCAGUCGCGCCGGCGAGCGAGGGCAAGCCGGAGGUUGUUACCGCGGCGACGAAGGGUAGCGAGGUGGAGGGCGUUACCGCGGCGACGAAGGGUAGCGAGGUGGAGGGCGUUACCGCGGCGACGAAGGGUAGGAAGAGGUGGAGGUUGAGGAUACGCGUGGGGCGGCGGCGGCAGCGGCGCGGCAGGCGAGGCGGCGGCAGCGGCAGCGGCGAGGAGGCGACGACGGUUUGGAGGUGGCCUCGCGUUCUGUGUGAAGCACGCGCGAGGAGGGAAGGAAGUAUGUGCAGAAGAUCCGCACGGUCACACGGACAGCUGACAAGCUCAUGCAUCAAGGGAUCAAAUCACAUACAGGUACAAGCACGGCAAUUUAGUACACAAGACCAGCAUCAAGACGGUGCACGCAAAAACGAGCGGGGAGGCCACCAAACCGCCCAAACGUGGGGGUCGCCAGCCAAAACAAACAGUGGCGCCGCCUGCCGGGGAAGAUAGACUGUCUCCGACUGUGCGCGUCGAAGACGUGCCGGCGUCGCCCCCUAGUGCUGUUACACUGGCAGAUGGCACCACUAUUAAAACCGAGAGCGACUCUUCCGUCGGUAUUCCCUAUGCAAUACCAGCGGUGCACCUUCCGCGACCGCCCGGACUCUUUGAGCAGCCUCUCAUCGUCGCGGGGAAGAGGCAGCGACGCAUGACGACCGUCGCCGAGGAGUACCUUCUGGACGAGGAGAUGAGGAAGAGAGGAGCGCGCAGCAUCCCUCGCGAGGAGCAGCAGGCUGACCAGAAAGCCACGCUGCAGAAGUGCCUCCAGAUCGUCAAGCGUGCGAAGAAGAAGCUGAGCGGGAAAACCGAGGUUGCCAUGACGACGGCGACGGAGCGGCGGAGCAAGGACAGACUGCCGACGUCGUUGGUGGAAUGGGCGAAGAAAGGUUUCGCGAAGAUCCGACCGAAGGUUAAUUCGGCAGCGCAGAACCUUCUUCCGCCGCCUUCGCUGAUCAGGAGAACAUACCCAGAGGCUGACCCCUACCAUCCGCGCUGCAUGGUAUGCGACACCUACGCCUUGCACACAAUCAGCCUCCACUAUGACAAGCUGGUCUGCAACAGCUGCCGCAAGUUCUACCGCACGCUGUUCACAGACAUCGGAUUCGAACGCUGUCGGACGAUGGGGGAGCUGUCGUGCGACUGUGGCGUUCGCACGUGUCGCGUGUGUCAUGAGGAAAUGUGUCGAGGUAUUCGGGAGUCUCGCCUUAUACCGGCAACGGCGACAGAAGUAAAACAAGUUCAACCGAGCGCCCAGUAA